AGGCAUCAUUUUUACGCGAUGCAUUAAUUUCGGCGUUAGUGAGCAGUCUAGUUGAAUUAAAAUGCUCUUGGCAGGAUUGCAAGUGAAAGUGUGACAGAGUAUUGGCACACCUGCGUUGUGUUUGUAGUAUAAAAUCGUGCAUUUUUAGAAGAGACUUGCCGGCAAUUGAAAUACAGAUAGCAGCAAAGGAAACAUACGUAAUGAACUGGAUCGGCCGCUGUGUCACCGCUGUGGUAGCAUUUAGCUUUAUGCCAUUUGUGUGCUACGGUAAAGAACCCGAAGAACAAAAAGAUGUAAUGUUCCUGGAACCGGGACGUCUCGUAUCGUAUGCGUACGAUGAAUGGAGCAUCUCUAGACCGGGACUGGUCGUGUAUUGCUACCCGGGCCAAGAGCAAACACUGUUGAACACUUUCUGUACCGUCUCGAUUCGUAUGCACUGUGAGCAUGAUAACUACAACCAGUACCCGGGCAGUUCACCGGCAGAGGUUAAGAAACACUACAAAGCCGAACAGAGUUUGUUCAGCUUCAAUGUGUUCGCCUCACGUAAGCGAAGACAGGUAGAGCUGGAACCCUUUAACCAAAGCUGUCUCGGUGUGGUUUCCUCCGGGAAGUAUGAAAUAGAGGUGCUGUUAAAUCGAUUCGAUCUGUGGCGCGUUGGGCUGCUGGUUUUCGGUGUGCUGCUGUUCUACAUUGCGCUGCCAAUGAGCCAAAACCCUCUGUUUUACUACACCGGCGGAAUUCUGAUCGGGCUAACAUCGUUCGCACUGGCCCUCGUGUACAUGUUUAGCAAGUUGAUGCCGUAUCGACCGCUUAUGCUCGGUGUAAUGGUUGGCGGAUGGACACUUGGUUUUUACGGCAUGCAGAUGAUGUACGAAAACUUGCGGCUAAUCUUUGUGCUUUACCAACAUUACGUGUUUUGGUAUUUGGCCAUCGUUGGAUCGAUCAGUUUCUUUGUGUGCUACCGGCUUGGACCUCCGAAAGAUCACCGCAGCAAACGAGUCAUUCAGUGGACGCUGCAAUUGAUCGCCCUCACGAUGGUGUUCUUCUGCAGCUAUCAGCGUACACUCACUACCGGGUUUGUGCUGAUCGUCAUUGUGGCUUACUAUCAUGCAACUCCGCUGGCCGCGAUACGCUGGAUACGCAAUCGGUUUCGUAGCCGCUAUCCGGGCCGUCGACGGUUGCUCACGGUGGAAGAGUUCGACGAGCAAGGUCGGAUCGAAACGGAUCGUGCGCUGAAAGAUCUGCGCGAAUACUGUCGCAGUCCGGAGUGUAAGCAGUGGACGACGAUGAUGAGGCUGCGAGAUCCGGUGCGUUUUGCAUCGUUCGUCGAAGGUUCACCGCAUGUGAUGGAUGAUGAAUGCUUCGAGUACGAUAAUGUUCACUCCAGCAUAAGCAAUGACGAGUCGGAGGAACUGCAGGAAUCGAGCGAAGGGGAUGAGAACUGAGUACUGAGGAGCGCGAUCACCGAUCACUGUGACGGAACUAAAGCUAAAGAAGAAACAUAAUCGCCAUAAAUCGGAACGGAUUGUAACUUGCGCUUUAAUACUUAGAGAUAAUAUAGAGAUUUCUAUCUCGAAACUAAGAGAUAACACACAACCAGAGAUCGACAAAUUGCGAUCAAAAGUAAAGCAAAUGUUGAAGCAUCCGUUGCAUACGUUGCAUUCAACUAUCAAUUGUCUAGUGUACAGUUCAGUACAUUCAAACGUGCUCAAAACAUCAUUGUAUUGUAUUGUAGAUAAUGCGUGUUCAUGUCUUAAAUCUUUGCAUGUUCAUGUCCAAAAAAACAAAUAAUAUGUUGUAUAAGAAGUAAAAUAUAGUUUAGUUAGCAUUGUUUUUCACUCCAACGAAUAAAAAGCUUCUUUUAAGUUUCGUUUAAAAAUUAUUUUCUCCAUUGCGUCGCAUGACCACCGGUCCCGAUCGAUCGAGUAUGUUUAUCAGGUUUAGCGCCCCAUCCCGUCAGAGGUAAACGAGGUGAAUUGCUUCGGUUAACUGAGGACUCCCCACCUACGCUUUUGCAGGAUUGGAGGAAAAAGAUAGAAAGAGAGAAAAGAAAACAUGUUCCACUAGCGUCUUUCGCUGUGGAACAUACCACGUGUGUG